AACUUCAAGUAUUCUGUAGAAAGACCUUAGCAGUCAUACGGACAGAGACUCAACAAGAGGCAAGGCAGGUUGAAGUGCUCAAAUAUUUAUUAGAUUAUAGCUACAGGUUUUAGUGAUUCAUCAGUGAAGGCGCCAUAUAAUACAACAUGUCAAUCAAAUAGUCUUGGAAGAUUUACUACAUUGACGAUACACUGGCAACAGCUAAAUAGAAGAAGCCUAUGCAUCAGGCUUAACCGGUCAAAACUGAACAGACACAGGUUCUCUGUUCAUCAUUGAGACUUCCUCUUAUCCUAAUGGUUCCUGUGAUGGCUACACGGCUCUGGAUGAGCCUCGACGUAACUAUCUCUUCAGCUCUUCCUCUAUCCCCGGCUACCCCAUCAAUACCGACCGGGGUAUAUUAUCCCAUCCAUCUGACCUUUACACAUCCUCAGUCUGAGUCUGAGACUCCAACAACAGGCAACGCGUGUGGAAACACAGGUUACUGCUGUAAUCUCAAUGUAGCUAUUCAAGUGAUCUACUGCUCUUCUGGAGGAUUCUAUGUGUACAGGCAGAUGAACAACCACCCAAUCGACUACAUGGGUUAUGUGACAUACCAUAGGAACUGUGUGGCAGACUCCUGCGGUCCCCUUGCAGAGUGCAGUACGACCAAAAAUGGAGGCUGUCAAUGUGUCUCUGGAUACAAGAUACCUCCAACACAUCUACCCACAAACGAAUCCUACGGUUGCCAAGAUAUCAAUGAGUGUGAGGAGACCGCUAAUCUCUGCGGUCCGCAUUCCAACUGUACUAAUUUACCAGGAGUCUACAACUGUAGCUGUCUAGAGGGGUUUGUACCCUCAGAUCCAGCCUUGGCAAUCAACCCAUCCCGCAACCCCUGCACAGAUGUGAAUGAGUGUGUGGAGAUUGAGGAGGUUUGUGGUGGUUUCGGUAAAUGUACAAACACACCGGGAAAUUACACCUGCACCUGUUACAAGGGAUACAAGCCUGACGGACCCUUCGACUGCCAAGAUAUUGACGAGUGUUUCAACUCAACCAUCUGUGGUCAGGAGUCUGUCUGUACCAACACACCAGGAGCCCACAACUGUACCUGUCUCCUAGGCUUCUCACCCACAAACCCAGUCCUCAACCCCAGCAAGGCCAACCCCUGUAUAGACAUUAAUGAGUGUCUGAACAAAACCGUGUGUGGUCCCGGUGCCAACUGUACCAACUCUUAUGCAGCACACAGCUGUACCUGCCUCUUUGGCUACCUGCUCACCAGCCCAGAUGCCAUAGCCAGCCCCUUAAAUCCAUGCCUAGACAUAGAUGAGUGUGCUAACACCCCUGGUCUAUGUGGUCUCCACUCUGUGUGUACCAAUGCACCAGGGACCUUCCACUGUUCCUGUGUGGAAGGAUACUUCUCCUCCACUGGAGUACUGUGGGAAACUGACGUCACUGUGUGUGAAAGUGUUGAUGACGUUCUAGCCGCCAUAGUUCCCCCAGAGGGCCAGUCUAAGGAGAUGUACUUCCUCAACCAGAUGAACCAACAGCUGAUGGAGAACCCUGACAUCGUCCUACCAGAGGGGUCAGUGACAAACAGCCUCUCGACAGCCCUGAAGGUGUCAGGAGUUGGAAGCAUCUCAGCGCAGCAGGCCAGUACAGGCCAGGUGUGGAGUGGGCCUGGAAAGGAUGGCGGGGAGUCUGGCAGUGUGGUCCUGAAGAUCUCAGAGCUCCUGGUGAAUGCCUUAGUGGACCCUUCUCAGGGCCGGGUCAACAAAACCAUACACACACCUGAGCUGGACAUUAGUCUGCAGGUAAUCGAGGCCAACAGUACAGACACCUCUUCCCUCUCAGCCAGGGGAAACACCAUGGACAUCAACCUAAAGGCUCUGGCCAGAAACAAUAAUGGUACAGCAUCAGCAGUAUUCCUGACAGUCAGUGGGAUGGAGAGCCUUCUGGGUGCUAGCUUCUUGCAGACAGAAAACCACACAGAGAUGUUGUCUGAUGUCAUCACCGCCACACUACCCAAGAUCAACCACACCCAGCUCUCUGAGCCUGUCAACUUCACCAUGAGCCACAAGAGGAGGUUGGCUGAGCCUGGCCUGAUGACCUGUGUGUACUGGGAGGACAGAGGAAUGGAAUCUGAGAAUGGAACUGGGGGGAAGGAGAGGCAUUGGUCAGUGAACGGCUGUUGGGUUGUGUUCUCUGAUGAGAACUACACAGUGUGCAGCUGCUCUCACCUCUCCACCUUUGCCCUCAUCAUGCAGACUGGGGAGACUGUGUCGGAGGACAAUCCCUUCCUAGAGUGGGUGAACAGAGUGUGUGUGAUCGUGGGCCUGGUCUUCUUUGCUCUGACCAUCCUCACCUUCCUGCUGUGUAGCUGGAACCCUAAGAUCAACAACACAGCCCGCCUCCACCUCUGCCUCUGCCUCUUCCUGUCCCAUCUGCUGCUCCUAUUGGAUUACACCUACCUCACUCACAAGCUGGUGUGCUCCAUCAUGGCAGGUCUCCUCCACUUCCUGGUAGUGGCCAGUUUCCUGUGGAUGCUGCUGGAGGCGCUCCAGCUCUACCUGCUGGUCCAGAGACUCUCUAGGAUCCAGGUCAUCCAGAGGGAAGGCCUCCAGAAGAAAUACCUCUUCCUGAUUGGCUAUGGCAUCCCCCUGGUGAUCGUGGGUGUGUCUGCAGCUGUGAAACGUGAUGGCUAUGGGGGAUCUAAAGUAUGCUGGCUGAAGCCAGAACAAUACUUUACCUGGGCUGUGUUAGGGCCAGUGUGUACUGUCCUAGCACUGAACUGGAUAUUGUUCUGCGUUACUAUCUGGAGUUUGAGACCUACCUUGGCUAACAUGAAGAGUGAUGUCUCACAGUCCAAAGACACCAGACUGAUCAUCUUUAAGAUCCUGGCACAGUUUGUGAUCCUGGGUUGUACCUGGGUGCUGGGCUUGUUCCAGUCCACCAUGGUCUUCAAGUACCUCUUCAUCGUGCUCAACUCCCAGCAGGGCACCUUCCUCUACAUCGUUCACUGUCUCUUCAACAAGGAGGUACGUGAUGAGUACAGGAAGUGGCUAGGCUGUUCUUCCAGCUCCUCUACUCCAGACUCUAUGAAAGAAGCACCUUCCGUCUCUGAAGACCUGGACAAGGCUGGGGAAGAGAGACAAAACAAAGGAACACGGCCAGGAUGAGAGCAACAUGAUACGAUACCAUCAGACCUCCAAAGAAUUUCAGCACAGUGGGCCUCCAUGGUAUAUCUUUCAAUGCACACUGUACACACUAAGUAUGAGAGAGAGAGAGAGAGAGAGAGAGAGAGAGGUGUGUUUAUAUGGAUGCUAAUGACUCAGAUAACACAGCCUGACCUUUUGUAUUUACUAAUAUUUUCUUUAUCUAUGUAAAACAAUGUUUUAUUAUCCUGCAAAUGUAUUUAUAGAAUUCAUAUUUAUAAAUGAUAUACACAGUAGUUACAGCAUAUUUACCUGUGUGCAAAAUAAACAAAUGAAAAUGUCUAGGUUGCAGUUGUUUAUAUAUAAAUAAAUAACUGCAUCUCUACCUGCUUUGAGUCUAGCAUUUACCAUUGGAUUGUCCCUCAGGGACAAUACAGAUUUAUUCAAUGGAAUCCCUGUGGCUGAGCCCAGAUAAGAAAGUCUCGGUCAGCUGCAGUCUGAAGUGUUUUGAGAGCAUAGCGACUGGGUUUCCAGACACAGCUGGCACAGGAGGGGUGAGGAGAGGACAGGAGGGCAUCCUCUCAGAGCUAUAAUAGAAUAGCUGGAAGAGAGCCACGGUUGGAGACAGACAAUACUGCGCUUGCGUUCUGUUGUAAUGCCCUCUUUUCAGCACACGGUGACAGCACCUAAUCAUCAAUGCUCUUGCUCUCAUUGGAAUUAGGCGAGAUACCAUUGGGUGAAGGCUUUUGUUCCAGCCUAGCCAUGAUUCAAUUGAUUAACAAAUAAUGAAAGCCUGGUGGGGUUGUAGGGAGAGAGAGAGAAAGACAAAAAGGUGGAGUUGGAUAGAUAGAUGGUAGGAAAAGUCAACUGGAGGAGGAGAUAGAGAGGCAUACAGAGAUGGAUGGAAAUAAAGGGAGAUUCGAAGACGGGUGAAUGCAGCAGCAGGAGUGAAAGAGAGUACAACAGGGAGACGAAGGAAGAAGAAGAUGAAGAAGUAGGAGGAGGAAAAGGAGGAGGCUGGGUGUGGGGUGUUUUGCUCCGAGUCACAGUGCUGCUAGUCUCUUUGCCUGUUACCAUGGGAACCCAGCUGCAGUGCUUGCUGGAGUCGUGCUGGUCUGUCAGCCGGGAAACGCUGUUGGGUUAACAGCCCUGCUCUUUGAGUUCGAAGGAGUUAGACUUUGUCAAAAUAGUCAGGAAUAAACUCCAAACCAUGUUAAAAAUUGAUGCAGUGCGUCUGGGGGUGUUUAGUAUACAAAGUUGCUAGGCAGCUAACUAAUCACCCACUGGGCACAGAUGUCAGUUGAACGUCUAGUUUUGAUUGACAUUUGGUUGAGUUGUCAACUAACGUGAAUUUAAAUUGAAAUAGAAAAAAAUGCACUAUGUCAUUGGAUUUAGGUUAAGGUUGGGUGAAAAAAAGACAAAAUGGCCUAACUGUAUGUUGAUGAUUUUUUCCCACAUUGAUUCAACAUCAGCACAUUUAUUUUUUGGGUUGAAAUGACAUGGAAACAAUGUUGAUUUAACCAGUUUUUGCCCAGUGAGCAGACAUUUACUGAAUUCCAAAUCAAUCUCCAGUUCUCCUCAACUCUCCUCCAGACACUCCUUUAGAUCUGGAAGGUGCAGAUAGGAUAACAUGGUAAUUGCAUUACUUUGCUGUUUAAUUGGAUGGGUGAUAUUUUUCCAUAGCCUAAGGGGCAGAGGUCGAUUGGGAUUUCAGCAAAAGUCUUCCAUAUUGUGUCUGUAAUUAUGCUUAAAGUCUCUGAGAUGUAGUGGGUCUUUCUGUCCAACAGGCCUGGGGGUUAGUUAGUGAUACAGUGGUAUGACCAAUAUGUUACGAUUUCCCUGCCAGAGACUCUUAGCACACCAUAUCACAGCCCUCUCACAGCCCUCUCUUUCUAACUUCUGCAGUAGGCUACCCUCCCCCACUGGAACCAAGCAGGCCAGGGGGGUCAUAAACUGGCCCUUCACACCUAGGACCCUGGCCAACGAUUUGUUGCUAGGGGUCAUGGUUGCCAGAGGCCUUAUCACACUGUGGGGUCAUCACAGGCAGUCUGCUUGGGUCCCAGAUCACAAACUCCUGCCUCCCCCUCUGUCUACUUCAAGCAGUCACAGAGAGAGCAGCAAGCUCAUCUUUGUCCUGCACAACAGCUGCUGGACUCAUAUCUCUGAGCUUGUGGAAUGGUGUGCGUGCACAGAGUGAAUUGUGCGAUAUUUGUAUAUUGUUCUUCGUAGUUGUUACUAUUGUUGUAUAAUGUCUUUGUCUAUAGCUGUAUUGUAAUAUGUCAGGUAGCAU